UAACUUAAAAACCAAAACAAAGGCCAUUAGAUUAAGAAAAAAUAUUUAAAAAAUAAGACUCUUUCUAGUUCUGUGUUUAAUUGUGAAGUGCUUUGUUAUUUCUAUUAGUGCGACAUUUCUAUUCAUAAGUAAACUACAAAUAAAAAAAAUUGACAAGUUUUAUAAAAGACUGGGCUUAUAAACAGGUAAAUACAAAAUACAUAUUUUGUAAAAAUACAAAAAAACAGAUUGUUUGAACGCAUUGAUUUUUAAGUUCACUUUUUAAACAUAGAGGGAUCUAUUGUGUUGUAUCCCACAGAGCUAAAAACACAGCCUGCCUCAGAAUGAGGUUACGAUGCUUCCUGUUUGUAACUGAAGAGCAGUAAGUUUGAAAGCAAGAUGUACCGAAGGGAGGGUAAAAAUAGACUACUGUAGCACGCCCCGCUGAUGAAAACGCAGUCCUGUCCUGGUGGAGAACCAUUCGAUCAUACUUUGUGCAGUCCGAGACAACUUUAAUAUGACGGAAGGAGACACUUUUGUUAUACCCCUUGCGUUCCUGUCUCUGGCCUUGUUCAUCUCGUUGAGUCUUCACAUAAUAUUUUGCUUCAGAAGAAGAGCUGCUAUGUGCACAGGUCUAGAUGGAUGCUGCUUUGGCCACAUUUCUGAAAGAGAAACCCAGUCGCAGAUUGAGAGGCAAAAUUUUCGUAAUCUCAGUCAUCGAGAGCCGCAAGAAAAUCCCCGCAAUCAUCAUGAACAACAGGAAAAUCCAAUCUAUGGCAACAUCCACACUGACAGAAACGAAGCUGCCGAGGAUUGCUAUGAGAGGAUGACCAUGAAACGCAAUAGAGAUCACAAGAAGCCUUUGGAGGGUGACCUGAAUUAUGCCUCACUGGAUUUGAAGGUUGCAAUGAAACGCAAGAAAAAGCACAGUCACUUGCAAGGCCAGACACAGGGACACAACACGCUCCUGGAUCACCUGCCCGAACGCCUCACACCUCCACCGAAUGCUUUCCUGGAGGUCGACACAGAUGUGGAUGCGCAUCUUCCUUCAAGAGAGACCUGCACAAUGGUUUCGCACAGCAGCAUCUACCUGAACAGUCAACAGAUAGCCCAGGAAGCAGAGGAGAUGGAAAGGGAGUGGAGCGCAAACACAAAGAUGGAGAAUAGUUCUCGGGACGCAAACCAAUGGGGAGAGGACGGUCGAAGUAAAGAAUGGAAAAUAGAUCAAGACAGUGGGGAAGGAAUAGAUAGUAAAAACUAUAGUAGCAAUGGUAAUGUCUGUUCGCUUCUCUUAGAGGAUGACACUUAAAGGAGCACUUUUGUGUCACACAAACAUUUUAAUAGAAAACUGCUUCUUUCAAACUAUCACAAUCUUAUGUGAAAAAUCAGUUGGAUAAUGACUGAAUUUUGCAAAGUUGAGCAACUUCCUUCCAACUUAGAAAGGAAAAUGUAUAUUCCCUGUGAAGAAGUAGUAAAAUACCUAAGGGGGAAAAAAAUAAAAGAAAACCUGUUGGUGACAUUUAGAGGUCAAGAACCGUGUGGAAAUUUACAGUUUAUUGUGAAACACAGAGAAAAACGUCAGAUCAUUACAGGAAAUGGAAGAACCUUUCCUGUUUUGAUGUCUCAUCCAUCACCAAAAAAGUUUAACAAAAACUUUCCCCAGAGUAGGCGACAUUUCUUUGACAACACUGUUUCCUACAACGGAGUAUUAGGGCCACCAUAAAAUUAAAAAAAAAUACAUAUAUAAAAAAAUUAAGUUGUAAAAGUUAUGAGGAAAAAAGUCAUGCUUUUACAGGGAAAAAGCCAUGUUUUUUUCAAAAAUAAAGUUGGAUGAGUGGUAGCCACAUUAGUUAGGGACUAAAUCCAUCGAUGCAAGCAUUUCUGGUGAUGCCUUAAGGCUUUGGUUUAUUAUAAGUCCCAUAAUCUAUUUGAACCUCUGCAACUAUACUGCCAACAAUGGAAACAGCUCACCCACUGGAAAUUCACUCCUUGUGGGUCACGAAUCGUCUUCUGAAGAGGCCCAGUUUCCUGCUAAUUCUUUUCAGUAUCCCUAUGAUUAUAAUGAAACAAUGUAAACUCACUAAAAGACUCACUAAAAGUGUUUCCUUAUUUGUGAAACCAAAGCUGAAGUAACUGUUACAAUUAGUCUGUGUGUCUCUAAUACUUAAACACAAUAUUAGUUUUUGUUGUUGUUGUUGUGUUUCUUAGUAAACAAACUUUUGCCUCAUUAAUUCAUGAAUUUAAUCUUGUACAUUCUCAACUUAGAAGUCAUGAAAAUUAUAAUUGUUAACAAGGUUAUUUUUCUUGCAGGACAGAAAAUAUGACUUUUUUUUUUUUACCAAGGGUCUUUUCAUUUUCUUAAGAUUCAGUUUUUGCAGAGUUUUUGGAAUAUGAUUUCUGCUUUCCUGCAUUCAUUAGGGGAAAAAAAUCCUGUUUUUCUUUGGACUGCUGUUGAUAUUAGGGUCAAAUUUUGAAUUUUGUUGUUUCUUUUGAUCAGAUCCUUUUAGCAAAUCUUUUAGGUCCCAAUAACACCAAAAACGUGAGCUAAAAACCCUGAGCUUUCCUAUUACAGUGUAGUGUAGGUAAAUAAGUUAUUCUUGUGACACUUUGGUGUCUGGAAAGGCUCUUUUUUUAGCUCAGAAAGUAUUAAAAGAUACUAAGCUAAAGAAGUCGGAGCUCAAACUUCAGAACUGUCUUAUAUUAUUUAGUAACGAAAGAGGCUGCUUUUUGGGAGUGUUAUCUUUCAAAUUGACAAAUGAAGAUGAUCUUCUUCUACCUUACAGCAAUAUUUCUGUCAUGAAAUGGGUCUACGAGCAAAAAAAAUUACUCAACCAGAGUUCAUUUAGAUUCCUACUGAGAAUCUUACAAUCACAUUUCCACAUAUUAUGUUAGAGUUUGUCCUUGUUGUGAAUUUAUUGAGUUUUAUCAACUUAUUUUGCAAGGUGAAUGUUUAUGACUCCUGUGAUCACAUAAGGAAAGAGCAAAAUAGAAAAGCAGGCCCCUUAGAGUCAAAAAUUCUUACCACAUUGGAAGAUUUUCAUUAAACAAGCAAAAAACAACAACACCAAUGGGGUUAGAGAAAUGGUCUUACUGAGAAUUCUUAUUUUCAGAUAAACAUUCUAGUCAUUCUUGUCACUGAGAUGUUUUCUCAAACUGUUUUGUUAAUGAAAAACUUUCUUGAUAAGAUUUUUUUCUUGCAAGACAGAUAAUCAGACAUUUUUUUCUUGAAACAAGAGCUCUUUACUUUCUUAAGAUUCAGUUUUUGCAGUCCAGAUAUUCUUGUUGCCUACAGGCAGAUUUGUGAGUUGCAGAGUUUCCACAUCAGGACCACAUCAAGAUUGAAGUGGUCGGAGGUCUCAUGAGAACCCUGCAAAUAUCAACAUAUUUCAUCUUGGUUUUUUCAUUAUUUUCCUUUCUAACCACAGACAGUGCAUUCUUUGACAUCAAAGAGAUAGAAAUGAAGAGAACCACGAAGAACACUGUCCUCCGACUGGACUUAAAACAAGUGAAAUUCAAUCCUUGGUGUGUGUUUCCAUCUUUGAAAUGCCUCUGAAUAUAUUAUUGUUUCAUUUGUGACACCUAACAGAUUACAUGUGAGUAGCCAAUA